UUGUUUUUAAUUUUCGUUUGUCGAUGCCUCCAAUCUCCAUGCUACCUAGUACUGCCUAUACCAAUAAAUACUAAUUAUUAUUACUAUACAUAGUUUUCGUUAUCUUCUGCAUCGAUCUAAUUUACAUUUGUACAUACAAUACAUAAACCAUGGGAGUAGAAGUGGAAACUAUUUCGCCCGGAGACGGCAACACUUAUCCAAAACCGGGACAAACAGUUGUCGUGCACUACACUGGAACUCUUCAAAAUGGCAAGAAGUUCGACUCCUCGAGGGAUCGUGGACAACCCUUUAAGUUUACGCUAGGGAAAGGUGACGUUAUCAAGGGGUGGGAUCAUGGAAUUCCAAAGAUGUCAGUGGGAGAACGAGCUUCAUUAACUUGCUCUCCUGAUUUUGCGUAUGGUUCACGAGGCCACCCUGGAGUCAUUCCACCAAAUGCAACACUUAUCUUUGAUGUAGAACUUUUGAGAGUAGAAUAGCUUUUAGUAUAUAUUAUGUAUAAUGUUAAUGUAAAUUUUAUUUUAUUGUUAAACAGUAUUUUUGUUUCUUAAAUAAGUUUAUACUUGUGCUGCAAAAGCUAGUCUGUAAAUGUUACUGAGAGUGUUAAAAUAAGUACAAAAUUCUACUUUAUAAGUGUUACUACAAAAUUAACUCAAACUAUGUUAAAGAAAUAUUUUUAAUUUAGUUAAACUAGAUAUAAUCUUUUAAUUCAUAUUAAGUGCACAGUUUCAUUGUUAAAUACUUUAGUUUCUUCAAUCUUUUUUGUUUUUCUUUUGAAUUUUAACGAAUUUUGCACACACAAGGUUUUUCUGAGAUUCAAGAUGUGUAA